UGUGUGCGUGCUUGUGCAUGUAUUAAACUUAAUAAUUAGGACACGCUCAAAAUCAAUUUCAUGUUAAUUCUGAUUAUGAGAAUCUUUUUUUCUUCUUUUUUACAGGUUGUGUAACGAGGGUCAACAUGAUUAGGAAAACUAGGAUAGAUUGGUCACAUUUUACGAAAGUACGAAAUUCGCAAACUAAUGUUAUCGAAGCAGCUAUGUGCAAUGACUGCCAAGCUCUUUUGGAAACCAUCAGCCAGACAAGAUUACACAUUCAUCGUGAUUAUUGUAAAAGUCGACUCGAAAGAGAAGGUGCCAUGAUUAUUCGCCAGGCUGAGGACGACAAUGAAAAUGUUCAACGAUGCUCUUCACCAAUUAACGAUAACGAAGAGGAAUACGAAACUGAGGAAGACAUUAAUAAUUUUGAUAUAGAAACUCAAAAGUAUUUAAUAGAUAAAAAAUUAGCAAUGUUUUUUUUUUGACUGCAGCAUACCCUUUAAAACUGUUGAAAAUCAAUACUUUUUAGAGUUUGUUAAUUCAUUGUGUGCUUUGAAUUUUAAUUACAAGCCACCGUGCCGGAAAACUCUUGGUGGCAGUGUUUUAAACGAAAUGCACAAGGACAUUGAAAGUAAAAAAAAGGAUUAUUGAAAGGGACGGACAGUGUAAUGUUAGUCGACGGCUGGCGUAAUAAAAAUGUUAAUCGAAAGUUUUUAGUUUUUUCUCUUAGAAAUAGUGACGUAACUCAAGCAUACUUAACGUUUAACGACACCUCCCUUGAAAGAGAAGAUGGUGAAAGUUUAGCUGAUAAUAUUAAUAGGGCUGUCGAAUUAGCUAAAGUUAAGUAUGAAACUAAUGUUUAUGCCAUAAUUACUGACAAUGAUAGCAAAAUAGUAUGCGGAAGUAGAUUAGCACAAACUAGCAGUGGUGAAAAAUUACUUCAGUCAACGUGUUCUAGCCAUAGUGCAAAUUUAUUGAUGAAAAGUUUUGUAGACGACGAUUUCAUAAAGAAACUCCGCGAUAUUAUUAAUGCUUUUCAUGAGCCAAAAAUGGCUUCAUUAGUAAAUAGAUUAGGAGGUACUAAUUUAAAAAAUUUUCCGGACACUCGAUUCUGCUAUAUACGAGAUAUAUGCGUUAGUAUUAUUACAAAUUUACCUACUUUGCGAGAAAUAUUUUUAAUUGAAGAUGUCGAAAAUUUAGAAAAAAUUGCCGACGAUCUAUUUUCUGCAGAAUUUGAAAACCAACUUAAAAAUGUAAUUAAAAACCUUGAUCCGAUUUGUAAAUUAAUAAACAAGUGUCAAGAUCCGCACUUUAAUAUCGCUGACUCAACCGAAGCAUGGUUGUCGCUAAGACUUCCGACACACGAGUUUGAUGACGUGAUCCGCCUGCGAAUAAAAAAAGCAAUUUGGCCUGUAGCAUAUGCAGCAAAUUUUUUGCAUCACAAAUAUGAAGGGAAAUUAUUAGAUAAAAAUCAAAAAAAUAUUGUUAAUUCAUUUUUAGAAGAACACUUAGAUCUACAAUCUUUUCAAGAGUUGCAAUUAUUUAUCACACAAAGGCAAGAUGUACGCAGAUCUGCGGAAAAAUGCAAAAGUCCAAUAGGAUUCUGGAGAUUACUUCGUUAUCGUUAUCCAAACUUAGUUAAUUUCGCUAUUAAGCUAAUGCAAAUGCCUGCUUCGUCCGCUUUACUUGAAGGGCUUUUUUCACAAUGGACUUACGUGCAUAACGUUUAUUUACUGGAUAUAUACCAUUCUUUACCAUAUUUAAAUAUCAGAGCUGGAAUUUCA